AUGGCGGCGGCCCGGCGGGCGCGGGCGGGCGGAGGCGGCGCGGGGCCGGGGUUCGGGCGGGCGGCCGAGCCGGCGGUGCCGCGGGGGCUGCUGCGGCUGGCGCGGCGCAGCGGGCAGCUCAACCUGGCGGGACGCGGCCUCACCCACGUGCCCGAGCACGUGUGGAGGAUCAACCUGGACACGCCGGAGGAAGCCCAGCAGAACCUGUCCUUCGGAGCUGCCGAUCGCUGGUGGGAGCAGACGGACCUGACCAAGCUGAUCCUGGCCUCCAACAAGCUGCAGAGCCUCUCGGAGGACGUGCAGCUGCUGCCUGCCCUCACCGUGCUGGAUGUGCAUGACAAUCAACUGACAUCACUUCCUUCUGCUUUAGGGCAACUUGAAAAUCUCCAGAAACUCGAUGUCAGCCACAACAAACUGAGGAGCCUUCCCGAGGAGCUGCUGCAGCUGCCCCGCCUGAGGAGCCUCCUGGUGCAGCACAACGAGCUGAGCCAGCUGCCCGAGGGGCUGGGCCAGCUCCUCAGCUUGGAGGAGCUGGAUGUGUCCAACAACCAGCUCACAGCCAUCCCCACCAGUUUUGCUCUGCUGGUGAACUUGCUGCGGCUCAACCUGGCCUGUAACCAGCUCAAGGAGCUGCCUGCAGAUCUCAGUGCCAUGAAAAGCUUGAGACAACUGGAUUGUACCAAAAAUUACCUGGAAACAGUACCUCCUAAAUUAGCAACCAUGGCAUCCCUGGAGCAGCUUUACCUGAGGAAAAACAAACUGCGUUCCUUGCCAGAGCUUCCCUCCUGCAAGUUGCUGAAGGAGUUACACGCGGGGGAGAAUCAGAUUGAAAUCCUGAAUGCAGAGAAUCUGAAACAGCUGAGCUCCCUGUGUGUGCUGGAGCUCAGGGACAACAAGAUCAAGGUGGUGCCCGAGGAGAUCACGGUGCUGCAGAAGCUGGAGAGACUCGACCUGGCCAACAAUGACAUCAGUAGGUUGCCUUACACCCUGGGGAACCUCCCUCAGCUGAAAUUCCUGGCCUUGGAGGGAAAUCCUUUGAGAACCAUUCGGAGAGACCUGCUGCAGAAAGGCACCCAGGAACUGCUGAAGUAUCUGAGAAGCAAAAUCCAAGAUGAUGGACCUGGCCCCAAUGAAGAGCCUCCUGUGACAGCCAUGACUCUUCCCAGCCAGUCCAAGGUCAACAUCCACGCCAUAACCACACUGAAAUUAUUGGAAUACAGUGACAAGCAGGCUGCCGAGAUCCCCGAGGCCGUGUUCGAUGCUGUGGGCGCCAAUCCCGUGGCCACCGUGAACUUCAGCAAGAACCAGCUCAGGGAGAUCCCCCCAAGGCUCGUGGAGCUGAAAGACUCAGUUUGUGAUGUCAGCCUGGGCUUCAACAAAAUCUCCUGCAUUUCCUCGGAGCUGUGCCUGCUCCAGAAGCUGACACAUUUGGAUCUCAGAAACAAUGUUCUGACAGCCUUGCCUGAGGAAAUGGAGGCACUGAAAAGACUGCACACAAUAAAUCUUGCUUUUAACAGAUUUAAGGUGUUUCCCAGUGUCCUGUAUCGCCUCCCAGCCCUGGAGACCAUCCUGCUCAGCAACAACCAGGUGGGAUCCAUCGACCCUGUGCAGCUGAAGGGGCUGGACAAGCUGGGGACGCUGGACCUGCAGAACAAUGACCUCCUCCAGGUGCCCCCAGAGCUGGGCAACUGUGAGAACCUCAGGAGCCUGCUGCUGGAAGGGAACCCGUUCCGCACGCCCCGCGCCGCCGUGCUGGCCAAGGGCACGGCUGCCGUGCUGGAGUACCUGCGGAGCCGCAUUCCCUCCUGAGCCCUGGGCAUCCUCCUGGGCCCUGGGCAUCCUCCUGAGCCCGGGCACUCCUCCUGGGCCCUGGGCACUCCUCCUGAGCCCUGGGCAUCCUCCUGAGCCCUAGCCAUGCCCUCCUCAGCCCUGAGCCCUGGCCAUUCCCACCUGAGCCUGGCAUGGCCAAGGGCACAGCUGCCAUGCUGGAGUACCUGCGGAGCCACAUUCCCUCCUGAGCCCUGGGCAUCCUCCUGAGCCCUGGGCAUCCUCCUGGGCCCUGGGCAUCCUCCUGAGCCCUGGGCAUCCUCCUGAGCCCUGGGCACUCCUCCUGAGCCCUGGGCAUCCUCCUGAGCCCUGGGCAUCCUCCUGAGCCCGGGCACUCCUCCUGAGCCCUGGGCAUCCUCCUGAGCCCUAGCCAUGCCCUCCUCAGCCCUGAGCCCUGGCCAUUCCCACCUGAGCCUGGCAUGGCCAAGGGCACGGCUGCCGUGCUGGAGUACCUGCGGAGCCGCAUUCCCUCCUGAGCCUUGGGCAUCCUCCUCAGCCCUGGGCAUCCUCCUCAGCCCUGGGCAUCCUCCUGAGCCCUGGGCACUCCUCCUGAGCCCUGGGCAUCCUCCUGAGCCCUGGGCACUCCUCCUGAGCCCUGGGCAUCCUCCUGGGCCCUGGGCAUCCUCCUGGGCCCUGGGCAUCCUCCUGAGCCCUGGGCAUCCUCCUGGGCCCUGGGCAUCCUCCUGAGCCCUGGGCAUCCUCCUGGGCCCUGGGCAUCCUCCUGAGCCCUGGCCAUUCCCACCUCAGUCCUGAGCCUGGUGAUUCCCACUUCAGCCCUGGCCAAGGGCACAGCUGCACUGCUGGAACACCUGCAGAGCCACAUUCCAGCAGCACAGGAGCAGCCAGGUACCCCCUGUCCCACCAGCACCCCUGGGCUCCACUGCUUCCAUCCUGCUCCUGCUCCUGGCUGGGAGUCUGCCCAGUGUUAAGAGCCCAGCUGUGGAACAUUCCCUGCCCUCUGCAUGUUCCAGCAGGGAUUUCAGCAUCCCACACCACUCUGUUUACACUGUUUGUAAUAAAUGACAGCAUGGAGAGCUGCCUUCAGCACAGCCAUGGUGCUUUGUGCUGCUGAGCUGGGCUCUGGAGAGAGUUCUCAGCACCAAAACACUGGUGCCAAAGGCAGAAGGGACCACAGUGGGUUUUGUAUUCCUGUUUUCACUUGUUUCACUGCUGUUCCCUGAGCUGUCUCCUGGUGUGAGUGAGGUUGAGUGCUUGAGCAGUGAGGUGGUGAGAGUUGCCUCAGGUGUGUGCAGGGCUCACUUGAGUGAGAAUGGGGCUGGUGCCGUGCUGAGACAAUAAAUGUUCCCCUUGGA